AUGAAUGGUGUUCCACCUGUGUCAAUCAUAACAGAUGGAGAUAGAGCAAUGAAAUCAGCCAUUGAUUCCAUUUUCCCUAAUGCUUUCCACCGAUGGUGUCUUUUUCACAUUAAAAAGAAGGAAGGUGAGAAAAUAACUACAAGCUUUCAAGCAAACCAAGGUCUGUAUGAGGAUUUCCAGGAUAUUAUUGACAACUCUCUAACAGUUGAAGAAUUUGAGACACUUUGGCCAGAGAUGAUUGAGAAGCAUGGAGUGCAACAUGUUGAUUAUUUCGGAACAUUAUGGGAGAAAAGACACUACUGGGCACCAGUUUACUUCAAGUCAAAGUUUUUCCCAUUUAUUCAAACUACUGCAAGAAGUGAGGGUACAAAUGCUAUCUUCAAAAGAGGAGUUGGUGCAAAGUUUAGUGUCACAAGUUUCAUAAGAGAGUACCAAAGAAUUUUGGACACCAUACAUGACAGGGAGGACGAAUGUGAUCAUAGAUCAAGAAAUAAGAAAGUGCCAGAAGACAAAUAUUGGUCUAAGUUGUUCAUUGAAAGGCAAGCACACCACUAUUACAACAUUGGGAUUUUCAGGAAAUUCCAGUGGAUACUCCAAGAUAUCACACGGCUGCAACUCCAUGAGGAGGAAAAAGAAAAGAUAUAUCAUGUCUUCCAGGCAGCAAACUAUCCCAUGAAGGAGCACAGACCAAGGACAUAUUUGGUGAUUGUUGACAUGUUGGCACAAGAAUUUUCAUGUAUUUGUUGCAAAUUUCAAAAAGAUGGCAUGCUUUGUGCGCACAUACUCAAAGUCAUGGUUCAUCUAAACAUACCUGAAAUUCCAGAGAAGUACUCCAUUGACCGUUGGAGGAAGAAAGCUGAGAAAGUACACUUGAUAAAGGAGCCUGAAAUUAUUGGGCAUAACCCUGACCUCAUGUUCAACAUACUUUCGAAGAAGCUUGUAAGAACAGCUUCCACUGCUUCGAAAAACAAAAGAAAGUACCAGUACCUCCUGCAACAAAUAGACAGGUUAGAAAAGGAAAUGAAUGACAUGGAUAAUGAGGAUUUGGAAACAUCAGAGCAUGUUAACAAUUCUAGAAGAACUGUAAACAAUGUAAGUUCGGGAAAUGAUGGUGAUGGAAGCUCUUCAAACAUUGAUCUACAAGAUCCAAAUGUUGCUAACACGAAAGGAAGACCUCGGAUGCUUACGAUAAGGGAGGCUAUCAAGCAAAAUAAAUUUUAUACUUGCAGCCAUUGUGGUUCUAAUGAGCAUACAAUCAAGAAUUGCACAAACAGGGACAAACACUAUGAUUUACCUAGCAGGAAAAGAUCAAAGUCUAAUCCAAGGAAUCAGAAAAAGAGUGAAGGAACCAGCAAAAAGAAGAUCAGUAAGCCUAGAAAAGCUAGUUGCAAGUCAAGUGCGAACAAGGAAGAAGGUGCAAGCAACAACAAUGGUGGGACAGGAACUGAUGUUCUUUCGAAAGAAUAA